AUGGAACAUCUUGGAAAGACAGAUUCAAUGCACCUCGAGUGCCGUGAAGAGUCUGGCACGGACACCAAAGCCAAAUUCGACACCUUGCCGAAUGAAAUUCCGAUUGAUGAAAAGCUUGAAAAGAAAAUCAAGCGAAAAAUCGAUCACCGAUUGAUUCCCAUCCUUGGCUUUCUAUAUACCCUCUCACUAAUCGAUCGGACGAACAUUGGCGGCGCACGAAUUUCCGGUCUUGAUGGAGCGGUGGAUCUCGAUAUCGGCAAUAGAGCUUCGGUCAUCAUCCUGGUCUUCUACGUGGGCUAUGUGAUUUUCGAACUUCCCAGCAACAUCGUCCUUAAGAAAGUGGGAGCAGCAAAUUGGUUGUCCUUCCUUGGUAUUAGCUGGGGGGUCAUUGUUUUGAGCUUUGGCUUCAGCAAGAAUUGGGCCACUGUGGCUGCUCUACGCGUGCUUCUGGGAAUCCUCGAAGCUGGGCUAUUUCCGGGGUGUAUUUAUUUGAUUUCGAGCUGGUAUCGGAGAUACGAAGUUCAGAAGAGGAUUGCCUUUUUCUUCAUGACGGCUUCCUUCCUUUCGUCCUUCUCAAAUAUUCUCGCAUAUGGCCUGACGCAAAUAGCUUCAGAUCCGGAAACAGAUGGCUGGAAAUGGAUCUUCAUCGUUGAAGGAGCACUGACGAUCGGAUUAGCCAUUUUGGCAUUCUUCAUCAUUGUUGACUUUCCUGAAUCAAAGCGCAACAGAUUUCUCAGUCCCGAGGAGAUCCAAAUUGUCAAACAGCGUCUCAUACAAGAGCGUGGUACGACUGAAGCUGGCAAAGUCACCUGGAAAGUCAUUAGAGAAACAGUAUCAGAUUGGCAGGUUUGGAGCAUAGCCACUGUUUACAUGACCGGCUCUUGCGGGACGUAUGGGUUCCUUUUCUUUCUCCCUAUAAUCCUGCGAAAUGGCCUCGAAUAUUCGAUGGCGCUGUCGUUUAUUCUCACGGCUCCCCCGGCAGCACUUGCGGUAAUCUACGCGGUUGGCAUUUCUUGGGCUGCCGACCGAUACCACGUUCGUGGGCCAUUUAUCCUCUUGCAUUGUGUGUUGGCUAUAGUUGGCCUCUGCAUGAUAGGAUUCUUGGGCUCUCCGACUCCUCGUUAUAUUGGAGCCUUUCCCGGUGAAUGUGGAACAAAUGGUCUCAUUGUCACCGGCCUCGCAUGGGGGCAGAACAAUGUGAGAGGCGAUGCAAAGAGAAGCGUCACCACUGCUAUUCAAGUUAUGAUGGCCGCCGUCGGAGGAAUUUAUAGUGCAUUGGUCUUCCGGCAACAGGAUGCUCCAGAUUACAUUCCCGGACUGGUUGCAACAGGUGCCUUGGUUUUGUUGGCAGGGGCAUUGACUCUGGUCACUUGCCCCCUGCUAAUUCAUGCCAAUCGGAAGGCUGAUGUGGGGCAAAAAAUCAUUGAAGGAGCGGUCGAUUUCAGGUAUACAUGGUAA